CCCACAUCAUCAUUUAAUCUCCAUAAUCACAACAUUCUCAAAAUCAGCAAUUAACAAUCUUUUAGCCUUCAAAAACCAUGGGUGUGUUGACAUAUACCGAUGAACACAUUUCCACCAUCCCUCCAUCAAGAAUUUUCAAGGCCUCAAUUAUCGACUCCCACAAUUUGAUGCCAAAACUCUUGCCAGAUGCAAUCAAAAGCGUUGAAUUUAUCAAAGGUGAUGGUGGGGCCGGAAGCAUUAAACAGAUUAACUUUGCAGGAGGUUUUGUGAAGCACGAAAUAGAUGAAGUGAAUGAGAAGACAUUCACAUACAAGUAUAGUUUGAUUGAAGGUAUGGGUAUAUCAGACAAGAUUGAAAAGGUGUCGUAUGAUAUUAAGUUUGAAGCUUCACCUGAUAAUGGCACCAUUGCGAAAAUGAUCACAACUAUUUACACCCAUGGUGAUUUUGAGCUCAAGGAAGAAGAACUAAAUGCAGGAAAAGAAAAGGUUUUAGGGCUUUACAAGGUUGUGGAAGGCUACCUCCUUAAAAACCCCGAUGCAUAUGUUUGAAGAUUCUCAUUGUUGUAGCCAUGUUUGGCAUUUUCAACAUUCACAGUGUUUUCUUGAAAUAAACAUCACAUCAUCAAUAAAGUUUGA